CUAGUUGACGUUGCGAUUGCGACUCUUUGGUUGGCCUGGCGACUCUUCCAUCAAAUGCCAACAAACAUUUCUACAGUUCCAUAUUUCCCCAAUUUUCAAGUUUCAGUGACCCGGAAUAUCACACAUCAAUUUCUAAAUUAGAAUGUCAGAAGGGAAAGUCUACUUUACAGAGCGUGAGAAGAGGAAAGUUAGGAGUACCACGGUUCAGAUUCAACAUCUAGUUGACUACAUGGCAGCCCACACUCAACUGGCUACUAAUGACUUUCCAAAUGGGCCACAAAGUGCUAGGAAGCACGAAGAGGAAUGGAUUAAAUUAAAAACUGUUUUAAGAGAGUAUGGACCUGACAAAUCAACUGAACAAUGGAAACAUUCAUGGAGGGACCUGAAAAAAAAGGCUAGAGACGAGAGAAAGAAAAUUAAACAAGCAUUGAUACAGAAACGCGACCCUCGUGAUGUGCCUGAAAUGUCAACACGAAGUCGCACAAUAUUGCAAGCCAUCGGGUACGAGAGCCCUGAUGAGAUGCCAAUAGAGACAACACUGGAUACAUCCGUAUCUUGCGAAGCAACGUGGGAAAAUUCCAAUGCAAUUAUACAAACUGUUAAUUCUAAGGAGUCUAAGGAAUCUAAGGAGGAAGAGAAAAGACAAUCAACUUCAUCUGACGAUACAAUGAAAAGUCCAAUAGUUGAAGAUCCGUUGGAAUAUGAGGAAGGAGGACAGCAAGGCACUGCAGAGGAGUGCUUUGAGGAGUCUGUUGCAUGUUUCACUGAAGGGUUCCAAACUGUCCCCACAGAAAGAUAUAAAUUUCAGAGAAGUUCUUCAUCAAUGUCCACCACCAGCUCAGCCAGACUAAACAAAAAAAGAAAGAAACACAACAACAACAAUAAAGACAAAGAUAUAAUGGAGACUUUGAAUAAAUUCAUUGAAUAUGAGAGAGAAAAGGAAAAGUUACAACAUGAAAGAGAAAUGCGGAGGAUAGGGCAAAAUGAGAAAGUGGUACUAUUGCUUGAGAAAGCAGUUAAUGCUCUAGAAUCAUUGGCACCAGCAGUAAAAGCGUUUAUGGACCAGAAUCAGAAUCACAAUGGUGACAGAUGAACAACUUGUUAACAUUUUGAUAUAUAACUUGGCCUUCUCAAUACUGAGGAUCUAAAAGUAUAAGAAAAAAAAAUAGUAAAUCACGAUUUUUACUUGCUGAAAAAACAGAUAAGGUGUACAGACAGUACUAUGUUGAAGUAUAGUUGUAACUAUUGUUUAUAAUAUUAAGACAAAUGACAAGCAAACUCCAUAUAAUAAUAUUUUUGGUUUGUUGACAUUGUAACAAUAAGGUAACAAUAAAAGAUAUAACUUCCACAA